AUGAGCCUUGAUAACAACCAGCUGACUUUUUUGCACACUGAUAAGGUGAAGUUGGUGAAAAUCACUGAAAACUCGAAAUUUAUUAUCUCGAUGGCACCUGCAGACUUUGAAGUGUGAAGACUAAGACUGUCAUCAAAGCAAUCACUGAGGUCGAGUCCAUUUCUUUUCUCCAGAUGGCAAGUGAUUGCAAAAAGGCUGUCGUCAUUGUCAACUUUCCCUCUGCGUAUUUAUAAGGGAUUGAGGAUUCCAAACUCGAAUUCAAGGAAAAAAUUCUGGACAGAUAAGCUGCUUAAACAUUACAAAAGAUGAUAAGUAGAUUAUUACGGAUCAUCUGACAGCAUUAUUAGGGUAUGAAGUAUUUCAGACCCAAAUGAAAAAUUCAAUCUAGAAGGGCAUGAAGAUGGCAUAACUUGUAUAGACGCCACAAGUGACAGCAAGUAUGUUAUAUCAGCUUCUACUGAUUCUACAGUAAGAGUUUGAUAUUUAAAUACCAAAAGGCAUAUUAACUCGCUCGAGGGAAAUAAUGCCCGACACAAAUUUUUGAAAAUCACUGCAAACAAUAGGCUUAUUAUUUGCGGAUCAUAUGACUAUUUUAUUAGGAUCUGGAGAACUGAAGAGUGGCCAAAGGAAACUGCUUUCUCUGGGCAUGAAGGCGAAGUAAGGCAUUCGCAGAUCACAAAAGACGGCAGGCCUAUUUAUUCCGCAGGAUCGCCAGAUAAUACAAUUAUGAUAUGAAACUCAGAAAAGCAUAAGGAAAAUUGCCCAUUUAAGCUGCCAUGAAAGAGAGGUCACAGCUUUAUCUCUAUCACCUGACAGUAG